AAAACCCAAAAAAAAAAAAAAAAGAGGUACCAAUUUUGUAGAGUUGUUCUUGUUUGAGUUUUACGAGUAGGGUUGAACUAAUCUUCAAAACCUCAAUUCCCUUUACCAUGUUACUGAAAGAAAAUGCUGCUACCACAUAGAUGCUGAGUUGAAUCCCCUCAAUUUAACGUACGCAUUUCCUUUGUCCUCUUAGCAUCAUCGGAUUCUUCAAGGUGCCGGUUUCCACCUGGCCCGCGCGCAGGCAUAAAAUUCAAGCAAAAUGUCUCCAAGGUGGAGCAGAAUUUUCAGCCAUAUUAGCAGGAUUAGUAAUCUGCAAAGGAGUUCUGAAUUGGUGCGGGGGGAUUUAUCUGUUUUUCCGUUGCGGAACUAUGCUAAGGUUGCGGCUGCUGUGGAGCCAAAUUUUAAAAGUGAUACUAAUAAACCAGAGGUGAAUCUUAACAAGAUGUUUUGGUCCAAGCCAUGUUCAUUGGCAUUAGCAACUGAUUCGCCAAAUAGAAUUGAAGACCCACAAUAUGAAGGCGUCAAACGAUUUAUCCUAAAGUUGAUGCUAUUCUACAGCAAGCAGAGCCAGUUCAUCCGUUGGGCCAAUGCUAUUUACCACCGUGUAAUAUACCAAGUUGAUAGACCUGCUAUAUAUGAUGUGUUUAGCUUGGAGCAGACAUUUAAAACAACAUUUUCCUUGCUUGUACUCCACAUGUGGCUUUGCCUACGUCGUUUAAAGGAAGAGGGCAAGGAAGGUGUUGAGCUGGGGCAAUACUUAUAUGAGAUAUAUAAUCAUGACCUGGAAUUGAGGGUGUCUAAGGCUGGGGUAAAUUUACUGCUAUCUAAAUGGAUGAAAGAAUUGGAGAAGAUUUUUUAUGGAAAUAUUGUUGCUUAUGAUGCGGCCAUGGGGAAACAGGAUGACCUUCAAAAUGUCAUUUGGAGGAAUGUAUUCUCUGAUGAUGGUGCAUCAAAACCAAGUGAAGGUGCCUUACUUCCAGUCCAGGCACUGACAAGGUAUAUUCGUCGGGAAGCAAGUUGUCUGUCAUUAACAGAUAAAGAAGCCAUAUUUUCAGGCAACUUCAUGUUCACAUCAUUGGAGGAUACAGGUCCUGAUACGCCAAAAAAGUAGCGACAAAGUGCAAUUCCAAGGAUGAUAUAGUAAUGAUUAUCAAAUACGCCUCAAUUUCCGUCAUUAGUGUCCGUUGUCUUUAACAAUGAUACAAUAUAAGAGGAUCUCAAUAAUGCGUUUUCCCUCGAAUGAAUGUCAACCCAGGUGAAUCUUGGAAAUGCUUUUAGCAGUUAGAGAUAAUUAUGUGAUUAGAUACAUUUUAUUAUCAGUUAUGUGAUGGACAUUGACUAAGUCUAUUUCAUAAUAGAGUUGAAAUGGUUUGUAA